UCGGGCUCGUUCUACCAUAAUACAACCAUCAUCCUCUAUAACAACAUUUUACAUGACGGCCAUUCUUUGGAGCUGAUUAUGAUUUAUCAAAUUAUGUUCUCUGUAACAGUAUUUCGCUAUAGCAACCAAAAAGAUAUCGUUUGGCUGUAAUGGGUUUAAGACAUAACACAGGCGGAUGUCUGCAUUACUCCAGUUGAUGUUAAAUUCUUCGACAGUAACAUUGGCAAGAUUGAAAUGAACCUGAUGAAGAUAGUUGAGUUUGAGGAAGGAUGGUAUAUUAUACAGGAGGGAAUCGAAAAAGCAAAGAGAAUUCUGGAAGGACAGACAGAAUCAUUCAGCGGUGACGAAUACAUGAUGUUAUACACACUUGUAUAUAAUAUGUGUUAUAGGAAAUCGCCUUCUUACAGUUACGCUCCGCAGCUGUAUGAUAAGUACAAGGAAGCACUUGAUGAAUACAUCAAUUCUACAGUUCUGCCUGCUUUGAGAGAGAAGCAGGAUGCUGAGCUUAUGUUGAGGGAGCUUGUGAAGAGAUGGGAGGAUUAUAAACGUAUGCUCAGGUGGCUCUCUAUAUUCUUCCAUUAUCUUUCACGGUAUUAUAUUCCUCGAAGAUCGCUACCUACACUGAACGAUGUUGGUCUGACAUGCUUCGACAAUUUGGUUUAUAAGGAGUUGAGCAGUAAAGCUAUAAAUGCUGUUAUUAUGUUGAUUGCAAAAGAACGUGAGGAUGAGCAGAUAGAUAGAGCAUUAUUGAAGAAUGUUCUUGAUAUCUUUGCUGAAAUUGGAAGGGAGGAUUAUGUGAAUGACUUUCGAGAUGCUUUGCUUAGAGAUACUGCAGCUUAUUAUUCUCGGAAAGCUUCAAGUUGGAUUGUGGAAGAUUCUUAUUCGGACUAUAUGUUGAAGGUGGAAGAGUGCUUGAAGAAAGAGAAGGAUAGAGUGUCUCAUUAUCUCCACGUUAUUACCGAGAAAAAACUUCUGGAGAAAGUGAAACACGAAUUGUUGGUUGUGUAUACCGAUCAGUUACUUGAGAAGGAGCAUUCUGAAUCCCAUGCUUUGCUCAGAGAUGAUAAGGCUGAGAGCUCGAGAUCGGUGUGUGGGGAUGAUACCAUAAUGUAACUGUCAUCCUCUCUCUCAGCACUGCCCUAUGAAGGACGGAUCGAUGUUUCAUGUUGUGUUAUGUUAUAUGUUUGCAAUAACAAUGUGUCGCUUUUAGAAGCAAAUAUUUCUCUACAACAAUAUUUGACUAUUUUUCAUGUCUCUAUAAAUGGAUGUGUAAUGUGGA